AUGAACCGUUCCUCGGGACUCGACUUCUCCGAUGGCAGGGUGCCCAACAUGACCAUCGAAAAUCAUCCCGACCUCUCAGAUAAAUCAGGAGCUGCUCAUCUGCAGCGCAACAAGACGGAGAGACGGAGAUUGCAGGGGCUUCAGAGGACUUUGACCUCUUCAUCCCGUACCCAGGCCCCUGAAAAGCCCAAAAGCUUCUGGACCAAGUUCGAUACAUGGAUGAUCAAUGAGGGAGGCCGCCAGCUCUUCUUUGGAGUUUGGAUAUUCCUCCAUCUCCUCGUUGCUGUCUUUGGAUUCGUCCAUUAUCAACUCAAAGACAACUUGGUGGGGGCCAGGGCAACUUUUGGGUUGACAUUCGCUACUGCUAGGACUGCUGCGCUCGUCCUUCACGUCGAUGUUAUCUUCAUUCUUCUCCCCGUCUGCCGUAACUUCGUCUCUUUCCUCCGACGCACCCCCCUGAACGACUUCAUCCCCUUUGACAAGAACAUCACCUUGCACAAGGCAACCGCCUGGUCCAUUGUUAUUGGAAGUGCCGUCCACAUUCUUGCGCACAUGGUCAACUUCUACAAGCUGGCCAUGAUUGCGGGAACGAACACCUCGAGUCGCAUUGUCGCCUUCCUCGGCGCCAACUUCCUCACUGGACCUGGUGUGACUGGCUGGAUCAUGACCGCUGCUCUCGGAAUCAUGGUCUGGUUUGCUAGAGAAAAAGUUCGCCGGGCCACAUUCGAGCGUUUCUGGUACUCUCACCAUCUCUUCAUUGUGUUCUUCAUCAACUGGCAACUCCACGGCAUGUUCUGUAUGAUUCAACCCGACCGACCUCCUUAUUGUUCAUUCAACACCAUUGGUGUCUUCUGGAGAUACUGGCUUGUCGGUGGUGUUAUCUGGAUCGGAGAGCGCAUUCUCCGCGAAAUCCGCUCUCGCCAUGUUACCUACAUCUCCAAGGUUAUCCAACACCCUUCCAACGUGAUGGAGGUUCAGAUCAAGAAGGAAAAGACUACAACCCGAGCUGGCCAGUACAUCUUCCUCUCUUGCCCGGAGGUCUCCUACUUCCAGUGGCAUCCCUUCACUCUCACCAGCGCACCUGAGGAAGACUACAUCUCCGUUCACAUCCGUGUCGCGGGAGACUUCACUACCGCUUUUGCCAAGGCUCUUGGUUGCGACUUCCCUCAGAAAGGAGACAAGGGUGGCAAGGGUGAUACUCCAGCUGGUGGCAAGGUUGUCGGGACCAAUGUCAACCCACCACUGAAUCGCACCCUUCCCCGUGUCAUGGUUGAUGGUCCUUUCGGUAGUGCCAGUGAGGAUUUCCUUAAAUAUGAGACUGUUCUGCUUGUCGGUGCGGGUAUCGGUGUUACUCCUUUUGCUUCCAUCCUGAAGUCUAUCUGGUACCGCAUGAAUAACCUGAACAACUCCAAGCCAACAAGAUUGUCCAAGGUUUACUUCACUUGGGUUAUUCGUGACUAUGGCACUGCGGAGUGGUUCCAUUCCCUUUUGCACGCCAUCGAAGAGCAGGAUACUCAAGGUAGAAUCGAGAUCAACAUCUACCUCACUGCCAGGAUUAAGGAAGACGAGAUGAACAACAUCAUCGUUCAAGAUGUUGGCGCUGAAAAGGACGCCAUUACCUCUCUCCGUGCGCCCACCCACUUCGGCAGACCCAAUUGGGAUCGUGUUUUCCCCUCAAUUGUUGAGAAACAUCCCGAGACCGACGUUGGAGUUUUCUUCUGCGGUCCUCCUGCGCUCUCCAAGCUCCUUCACCAGAAAUCAAACCAGUACUCAGACCCCAAGGGCACCAGGUUCUUCUUCGGAAAGGGUAUGUUUCCGUCAUCCGAGUAG